AUGGAGGUGUCGACGGCGAUGUGGACGGCGGCGAUUGUGGGGGCGGUGGUGGUGUACUGCCGCGCCCGCACCCACAACCGAAAGGCUGGCCUCGACGACCGCUGCGAGGUCAUCUGCGGCAACUUCCUCGAGAUGCCCUUCGCCGACGCCUCUUUCGACGGCGCUUACUCCAUCGAGGCCACUUGCCACGCCCCCCGCCUCGAGGAUGUCUACCGUGAGGUCUUCCGGGUGCUCAAGCCUGGGGCCCUCUACGUGUCCUACGAGUGGGUGACCACCGCACUCUACAGGGCGGACGACCCCGCCCACGUCCAGACCAUCCGCGGGAUCGAGGCGGGCGACGCCCUGCCGGGGCUCCGUGCGCAGCACGAGAUCGCGGAGGUGGCGCGGCAGGUGGGCUUCGAGGUGGCGGAGGAGCGCGACCUGGCGCUGCCCCCAGCGGGGCCGUGGUGGACUCGCCUCAAGAUGGGGCGGAUCUCCUACUGGCGGAACCACCUGCUCGUCUCCGCCCUCACCGCCCUGCGAGUCGCCCCCAAGGGCGUGGUGGAGGUGCACGAGAUGCUCUACGAGACGGCGCGCCACCUCAGCGACGGCGGCGAGUCCGGCAUCUUCACCCCCAUGCACAUGAUCCUUUGCCGGAAGCCGCUCGCCGCUCCUCCGCCCUCGUCCUAAUUAACUAAACUCGGAAUCCGGCGGACGGCUCCACCGGAGGUUAGUUGAGAGUUAUUUUAUUCUGUCUUAGUUAGUUUCAGAUCAUUUUCUUCGUCGUCUCAAAUCUGUGUGCGCCUCUGCUUUUCUAACUUAUAUUCGUCUCUCGUGAUCUCUGGCUUCAUUUUCCUCAUUUCUCAUUCGAUGGGAAUGGAGUCCAUGAAAUGUUCUUCGUCUUCUAUUUCAACAAAGCUUUAAUCUCUCAAGGAAAACUUUGA